GGCAAUUUCUGGCAUCUUUUCCGAACAGUUUCAGUUUUCGAUCGUAUAUGCAAUGGCUGCCCUCAUAGCAGAACUUCUUUCACAUACUAGUCCUGCCGUCGUGAUUGGCACUUCUCUGUUAGCCUGGGCAAUCUAUUUCGCUGGCCUGGUCAUCUACCGACUAUACUUCCACCCUCUGGCUGGUUUUCCAGGCCCAAAGCUGGCCGCAGCGACAUCAUGGUAUGAGUUUUAUUUUCAGUGCUGGCUCGAGGGCCAGUACAUAUUUCACACCGAAGAAAUGGUGAAAAAAUAUGGACCUAUCAUUCGGGUCAAUCCUGAAGAGCUCUUCAUCCAUGAUCCAGCAUUUUACAACGAGCUCUAUGUCACGGAAAGUACGCGACGCACCAACCACUACGAUAGUUUUGCUCAAGGUAUUGGUUUCGACGGUUGUCAUCUCUUGACAGUGGACCAUGACCUGCAUAGAGCCCGAAGAAAGCCGCUUGAACCCUACUUCUCCAGGAUGGGAGUUUCACGGUUGCAAUCCAUGUUAGCUGAAGUCGCUCUGCAUCUUGAGACGCGCCUAAGGGAAUAUACUGGCUCUGGCAAGGUUAUCCGACUAGACCACGCAUUCACCGCCUACACCGGCGACAUUAUAGGACGAAUGUGUUUAGACACCGACGACCCUGGUGACCGAUUUCUAAGCCGAGAGGACUUUUCUGCAGACUGGUCUUGGAUCAUGCAGAUGAUAGUCCGUUCUGUUCCUCUAUUCUCCGGUUUCCCAUGGAUUAUAAGGCUUCUCAAUCCGAUUCCUGGUGAGGUAUUAUUAUGGCUGUACCCGAGAGGCCAAGCAUUCGCUACCUUUCAGGAGAAAGCACGGAAUAACAUUCGUAAGGCAUUGGGGAGUGACUCGGUAAAUGAUAAAUACAUUGAGUCACUGUUUCAUCAUGUAGCCAAUAGCGAUAUGCCGGCGUCAGAAAAGUCUGAGGAACGACUGGCAAAAGAAGCCCAGUUACUCUUGGGAGGCGGCACGGUAACUAGUGCUCGCGUGAUUUCAUGCGCCGCUUACUAUAUCCUCACCAUACCAGGUGUGGAGAAACUGCUCGCAGACGAACUGCGAAAGCCGAUGGCACAAUGGCCAACUCAUGUUCCUACCUGGGCCGAGCUAGAAAGAUUGCCCUAUCUACAGGCUGUGAUCAAAGAGGCCCUACGCGUUGACUUUGGUGUUAUGACUCGAUUGCCUCGGAUCUCACCUGACGUACCGCUCAGAUAUAAAGAGUAUACUAUACCAGCUGGCGUUCCGGUGGGAAUGUCAUCAUAUUUCAUGCACACGGACCCGGACGUGUUUCCGAAGCCCUUUGAAUUUAUUCCUGAGCGAUGGCUCGGAACCAUCAGCCCCUUGAUGAAUCGCAAUUUCGUCCCGUUCUCGCGGGGCUCUCGAACCUGCCUAGGCUCGAACUUGGCAAUGGCCGAAGUCAGUCUUAUUUUAGCUGUCCUUUUCCGUCCAAACGGACCUAAGCUGGAACUUUUUGAAACGGACGAGACAGACGUCCGAGUAGCACACGACUUUGGAGUACCCUUGCCCAAAUUAGACACCAAGGGGGUCCGCGCAACUGUGAGCUAGUCCGCGAGCACUGAGAGAUAUUUAUCACGCCCAUGAUGUACGUUACGGGGGCCAGAGGGGUUGGUGGGCGUGGUAGAGCUGUCUAUCUGCAGUAAUACCACCAGGUACUUAGUAUAUCAACGUAGACGGCGUAGGCAUACUGCGGUACAUGGUAUUUGAGAAUCUUGCUGGAAGCGGUGAG